AUGAUCUUCUCCCAGAAGAUCUCUUCAGGCAACUUCGCUCAGUGCAGCACUGUAUGCAACAAGUGUGGAAUAUGGACCUUGGUAGUUGGUUACCUGUUGAUGGUUUCGUUCAAGUGGAAUCUAAGCACCGAACGUUACUUAAAAGCAGUCUCAGUCCCUGUGUGGAUUAUGCUGCUCUUUCAUUUAGCUUCUGUGGCUGGUUCCUGGAGAAUUCCUGUGUUUCUGGUUAUAGUUGUUCUGAUGACCGUAGGCAUGUUGCAUGAACAGCAGAGUGGAAAAGAGUCUUCUGGGGCAGAGCUUCCUGGGCAGAUGAUUUCCAUUGCCGCUUCAACAAUUGCCAUGGCAAUAUCGAUUACAGAAGAUGAGUCAAAUAACAAGCGUUCCUCACAACCCUCAGGAGCAACAGAAGGUGAUCAGCCCCCACAUGCUUCAUCCUCUGUAUCCUCUUCGUCAUCUUCUGGGAGCAGGCAAAGGCCUGAGAUUGGAGCUCUUCUUAGGAAAAAGAAAACAAGUGAUAUUUACUUUGUUACACUUGUGUGGGCCAUUGUCAUUGUGCAGAUAUGGCUAAAUUUCUGGAUUGUGCAGCUAUUGCCGGUGCCUUUUGCAGUUUGGGCGCUUAAAAAACUUGUGGUCCACUUUGGAGUUUUGAAGUUCAUGGCGAACCGUUGCAGCAGUUGGUGGCAGCUUGUGGAAAAUUUUGUGAUGGAGCGUCAGGAAGCUCUUGCUCCGCGGCCUAUUAGAGGACUUGGAAGAGUUAUGCUAAAGCUUGACAGUAAGCUGUGGCACUGGCUUAAUAAGAAGAUGAUCAUAUGGUUGGAGAAAAUGCUAGAUAAAAUAAUUAGCAUUUUCAUAAUAUUUUUGUUAGUCAUAGGAACCCUUCUGCUAGCCCUGCUCCUUACUGCAAAGGUACAUCAAGAGAGUGUUCACAUGAUUCAAGUCACAAGCAGCUUGAUCAAUGAAACAGUAGCCAGUCACCCUGAAUGGGCAAACUGGCUCCCAGAAGCCCAGGUUAUUCAGAAGGCACUCAAUUCAGCAGCUAAUAACGUAUAUCAAUAUGGCCGAGAAUGGAUUACACAUAAGCUCCAUAAGAUUUUGGGAGAAAAAGUAAACAAUACCGCUGUGAUUGAAAAACAAGUGCUAGAGCUCUGGGACAGGCUUUAUCAUUCUUGGUUUGUGAAGAACAUAACACAUUCUGGAAGACACAAAGGACACAAAUGGCAUAUAAACCGUCAGAACAGCUGGCUUGGUGAUAUUCUGGACUGGCAAGAUGUUGCAUCGUUUGUUCAUGAUAACAUCGAGACGUUUCUUUCGAUUCUGGAGUCUCUGUGGAUAGUGAUGAGUCGCAAUGUGAGCCUCUUGUUUACUACUGUAACAACGUUAGUGACAAUUCUCUUCCAUAGCGGGACAGCUCUUCUCAAUUUCGUGCUCUCAGUGGUGAUUUUCCUGACCACGCUAUUUUACCUACUCAGUUCCAGUGAUGAGUACUACAAGCCAGUAAAAUGGGUGAUUAGCCUGACGCCUUUGUCUCAGCCAGGUCCCUCCUCAAACAUAGUUGGCCAAUCGGUGGAAGAGGCAAUAAGAGGUGUAUUUGAUGCUUCUCUCAAAAUGGCUGGGUUCUAUGGACUCUACACUUGGCUGACUCACACAAUAUUUGGGAUUAACAUAGUCUUCAUACCGUCUGCACUAGCAGCGAUCCUUGGAGCCGUUCCAUUUCUGGGGACAUACUGGGCAGCUAUGCCCGCAGUCCUAGAUUUGUGGCUUGUACAAGGACAAGGAUGUAAAGCUAUUUUGCUCUUGGUUUUUCACCUGUUGCCAACCUAUUUUGUAGAUACAGCAAUUUAUUCAGAUAUUUCAGGAGGUGGUCAUCCUUACCUGACUGGUCUUGCAGUAGCUGGUGGAGCAUAUUACCUGGGACUAGAAGGAGCCAUCAUAGGCCCAAUUUUACUUUGUAUACUCGUGGUUGCCUCCAACAUAUAUAGUGCCAUGUUGGUGAGUCCAACAAAUUCAGUGCCCACUCCAUCACAAGCGGCAUGGCCAUUACAGAUUUACCGGUCGUCUAGAGAGAGUCCUGAGGAGAUGAAAACAGCUGCAGAAUGAUGUAGGGCUGUGCUGCACCAAUUCAACAUGAAAGAAUCACUCUGUUGUCUUGAGUCCACAACAGCCAUGGCCUUCUGUCCCUUUUCAGCUGUGUCUAGGGGCAGCUCAUAGGGAAGCACAGUUGGUUUUUAGGAGAAGCCACCUCUUGAACAUCUGCUGGCCUUACAUUAUUGUGCACUUUGCCUCUUCAAGAGAGACUUCCCAUGGCUUUGCAUACUAAUGCACAGUUCAAUCGCCUUGUGUGUAGACCUUUUGUCUUCAUAAAAAGGACGGUAAAGAGACAGGUAUAUCCACUGGAGUCAUUAUGCUGUCUGCUGAAAUGACUUAUUAGGCUUUUAUUUAUUUGGUUAUUUGUGUUAUUAAACUGUAGUAGCUUUAAAGAAAUCUUACUCCAAAAUAUUUAUUCUCAGUUAAUGUUGUGGCUAAAAGGUGUAAACCACUCAUUGCUAAACAAAAAUAGAAUA